GCUGGAGCGCUGCUGCUCAGUCAUGGCGGCGGAGCUGAAUUCGGAGUGGCUGUCUCACCUGCCUUCCUCGUGGAGUUACGGCGUGACACGGGACGGACGCGUGUUCUUUAUCAAUGAAGAAGCAAAGAGCACAACCUGGCUGCAUCCAGUCACGGGAGAAGCCGUCAGUACGGGACACAGGAAAACUCCAGAUUUACCAACCGGUUGGGAAGAAGGAUAUACGUUUGAAGGAGCCCGUUGCUUCAUCAAUCACAAUGAACGAAAGGUGACCUGCAAGCAUCCCGUCACAGGUGUUCCAUCGCAAGACAACUGCAUCUUUGUCGUCAACGAACACCUGAAUUGUGGGAAACUUCACCCUGUUUUAAACAGACCAGCGACUAAAGCACCAGUGACAGAGAAGAAGGAACGUCCCACCAGCACCAUGAGUGAAGCGUCCAACUACACCGGUGGCUCAGACUACACAACACACCCCAGCAGUCCAACAUCCAGACAGUCGAGAUCCUCAAAGAAAAUCCACAACUUUGGGAAGAGGUCGAACUCAAUCAAGAGGAACCCAAACGCACCAGUGAUCAAAAAUGGAUGGCUUUACAAACAGGACAGUACCGGGAUGAAGUUGUGGAAGAAGAGAUGGUUUACGCUGUCUGACAUGUGCCUCUUCUACUACAGAGAUGAUAAAGAAGAGGGAAUUCUGGGAAGUAUUCUCCUACCCAGUUUCCACAUCUCCAUGCUGUCCGUGGACGACCAUAUAAGCCGGAAAUAUGCCUUCAAGGCGACACAUCCAAACAUGCGGACGUACUAUUUCAGCACUGACACAGCCAAAGAUAUGGAGUCCUGGAUGAAGGUUAUGACCGAUGCCGCGUUGGUCCACUCUGAGCCAAUCAGAAGACUUGAGAAGGUAAAGGUGGACCCACACACUCCUCAGGAGAUGAACAACAUGUUGAAUCACAGGGUCCUGACCCGACCGGAGAUCCAAAACAACGAAAGAAACCGUGAGACACAAUGGCAGGAGGAGAAGAAACAAAAGCCCCUGGAGAAACAGCCUUGCAUCCAGAAAGAUAAAGAGAGCAGGUGCGGCGUGCCUGUAGACUGCGAGCGAUACACCCUCCAAAGAGACAACGACAACUACGCUCUUCAUAAAGACACGCAGCGAAUUGCAUUGCAGAAGGACGGCGACAGGUACAUGCUGCAAAAAGACAUAGAAAAAUACGUACUUCAGAAAGAUGGAGAGAAAUAUGCUGUCCACAAUGAUGGCGAGAAGUAUUUCCUGCAAAAAGACGGACACAAGUACACGCUGCAGAAGGAGGAAGAUAAGUACACACUACAGAGUGACGACAAAAAUGCUCAACCAAAAGAUACAGAGAAGAACUUGCAAAAGGAUGGAAUAUACCCUCACACUCUUCAACGGGAUGGAGAGAAGCACCCUCAGCCAAAAGAACUCGAAAAUGCCGCUCCUCCUCCGCGAGAGGGCGAGAAAUAUGGCUUCCAGAAAGAUGGCAUCAUGGAGCGGCCUCUCACAAAGAUCAACAGCAUCAAACUCCUGCCAGCUCAAGCAGCUGCCAUCGCUGCAGCGGGCUCCUCGUCCAGACAGCUCCAGAGCGGGUCGAGUCAGUACAAGCCUGCCCAGUUCAAUGGCUCUGGUGAGCGUGGAGGAGAGAGGAGUCCUGGGGACAUCAGCAACACAUUAAUUCAUAGGACGACUGUUCCACCCCUGCAGGUAGAACCCGAGAGAACCCUUAGCAGAACUAACUCCAUACAACAGCUGGAGCAGUGGGUUCGGACGCACCGCACACAGACCCCGGAUGAUGACACCAGAAGCAUCACUUCCUAUCAAACAUUGCCCAGAAACAUGCCCAGCCACCGGGCACAGGUCGUGCCGCGCUAUCCUGAGGGUUACCGCACGCUCCCGCGCAACAUGCUGCGGCCAGACAGCAUCUGCAGUGUUGCAGGAUCAGUGUACGACCGGGCGCUACAGCCUACAACAGCAGAGAAGAGGCGCUCCAUACGUGACGACACUAUGUGGCAACUAUACGAAUGGCAGCAGAGACAAGCGCACAGCCGGUUUGGGUAUGGGACGCUGCCCAGCCCCAAAACCAUGGGUCAGAUCGCAGAGUCCUUCCCCUCCUCCCCAUCUCAUGGAUCUUUGGCUGGCUACCACACCUUCUCUCCUAAUCAACCCCUUAAUCCAGACUCCCGCUCGGAGGUUUCGUCACCAGUGUUUCGUGGGGAUGUGACUAUAGAACGUCGGCACCGACCACACCUCCCGAAGUAUUCGUACCCUCCUGAACGCAGAACUGUGCCUCCAUCACAGAAUAUCACUGCACCUCCAUCACAGAACAUCACUACACAGUCUCUACAAGGAAAAACGCCAGAGGAACUGACCCUGCUGCUCAUCAAACUACGGCGGCAACAGGCGGAGCUAAACAGCCUCCGCGAGCACACGCUCGCGCAGCUAAUGCAGCUAAACCUUGAUGCCGCCAACCCAAAGAGUGAAAUCCUUUCUCAUCACCUUCAGAGGAAUCUCAUGUACUUGGACAGCCAGCAGUUGAGUCCAGAGGAGUACAGAGACAACACAUACAUGUACAGACCAGAGGAACUAGAUAUUGAUGCCAAGUUAAGUCGACUUUGUGAACAAGACAAAGUGGUGAGAACUCAAGAAGAGAAAUUACAGCAGCUCCACAGAGAAAAGCACACGCUGGAGACGGCAUUGCUGUCGGCGAGUCAGGAGAUAGAGAUGAGCUCUGAGAAUCCCUCGGCGGUUCAGAGCAUCAUACAGCAGAGAGAUGUGCUUCAGAGCGGCCUCCUCAGCACCUGUAGAGAGGUGUCACGUGUCAACACUGAACUGGAGCGCAGCUGCAGAGAGUAUGAGCGGCUGGAAACUGACGUCACACUGGCCAAGACUAACCUGCUGGGACAGCUAGAAGCCCUCGGGAGCCCACAGACAGAGCCUCCCAGUCAAAAGCAUGUUCAGAUCCAGAAGGAACUGUGGAGAAUUCAGGAUGUGAUGGAGGCACUGAGCAAGAACAAACCCAAGAGAACCGCAGAACCCAGUUUUCCUGGUGCAAACCCCCUAUCAAAUCUACAUAAAAGUGAAGAGUCAGAUUCAGUGCCUCCUCGCCCUCCUCUCCCAUACUCUUACGAGGGGGGCGAGCGCCCUCCGCUGCCCCCCCUGCCCUCCCCCGGCUCUGGUCAGCCUCAUGCGCCUCGUACCACCCCACACCGGCCCGAAGAUCGCAAGGCUGCCCAGCGCAACGGUGCCCACAGCGGACCAGAUUACCGUCUAUAUAAGAGUGAGCCAGAGCUUACCACGGUAGCAGAGGUCGAUGAGAGUAACAGCGAGGACAAAUCUGAACAAACUGCAGACAAAGAGCCCCCCAGCUUUACCAAAGGUAUAGUUUACCCUGUAGGAGUGGUCAACCCGAGGACUAAAUCACCCAUGCCUGAAUCGUCCACGAUCGCCUCUUAUGUAACCUUGAGGAAGAGCAAGAAGCCUGAUCCCAGAACAUCUCACCAGCAUGACCGUCCACGCAGUGCGGUGGAUCAAGUGAGCAGUGCCAUAGAGGUCGGUCGAACACGCAUGAGCAUCGAGGAGCAAAUGGAGCGAAUCAGACGGCACCAGCAGGGGGCACUACGUGAGCGGAGGCGUGAGGACGGCUCGCUGUCUCGCAGUCUCUCCUUCACUAAAGACAGCCCGUACUACACCCUACAGGUGCGUAAGAAGAGCCCUGUGAUCUCUCCAGAUGAAAAGCACGACAGCAGAGACCUGUCACCAGGGGAUCGAGAGCUGAUGACGAAGCUGACUGAUACAGAACAGAACUGCAAAGAUACUGAAGAUGUGGAGCAGGGGUGUGACAACCUGGAGAAUGAGGAGAAACAGCCAGUCUCUCGAUCAGAGUCAAUCAAAGCAUCUCUUUCUAAGAGGAUUAGUCCUAAACCAUUUCUGAACGAGGAAAUGGAUCCUAAACGGAUGGAUCCAAUGGAAUUCCGUAGAAGUCUGGCCACUCAAAACAGCUUGCAGAAGGCUGUCAUGGUUCGUGUGGGCACAGAGGAAAACGAAGAAGAGGAUGAGGAAGAUGAGAAGCCUUCUAGUCAAGAACAGGACGUCUCUUAUGAGCUGACCAAUAACAAACACAACCCACUGAUGUCAGUGAACAGUCUGUCAACUCCACCCCAAUCUCCAAGCUCCUCCUCUCCCCCGCCUCCACCUUCCCCCCCACAGCUGACGGACGGAUCGCACUUCAUGUGUGUGUGAGCGGAGACAGAAGACUCCUCCACUGUCUUCAAUAAACAGCAGCAUUUGAGGGGACGUUCCAUCAGUGAGCCAAAUAUGUCCCUACUUAAACCAGACAGGAAGUAUUGCCUACUUCUGCAUCAUCUGACCAACACAGACGCCAACCUCCAGGCCUUAGUUCAACCACGCUCCCAUUUGCCAAUGACCGCGAAGGAGUCCAAUGGAAAUUGAUCCAUUGAUGGUGUUUAUUAUUUAUAUUACUACUUAUUUCAUUUUAAUGAUUCAUAUUUUAGAUCACAGAGUUUUAUUCUGUUUUAGUUCAUUGUGUUUGGGUAAUGGUGGGGGGUUUUGAGGUGUUAUGGGUGUACAUUUGCUUAUAUAUAUAAACACACUGAUACACACCACGUUCAUUUUAUUCACAUUUUCAAGGGUUGAGUUCAUUGUUUGCUUGUUUUAUAUCAAUUUUAAUCGAUCGCUCCCAGUUUUACCCAGUGUUGGUUAACAUGAUUUUUAGUACUCUCAUCUUUUGCACUGUACAACAUCCAUUGUUUCUUUUUUACUCUGUUGAUAUCAGACGAUUUAUGUAUAAAUGAUGUACAAUGGACAAUUUCCAAAAGGUGCCAAUGUACUGCUGCCGACUAACAGGAUUCUACUUUUAUGGAUUUGUAAAUGAUCUGUAUGUUGGAUAGUCUGCAAUACCCACGACACUGUUUCCCGACACAUUCAUGAAUGUUCCAGCUUACGUUUUAUUUUUCUAUGGCUGAGAUAUAUUUAAAUAGAGAGACGAGUACAGAGUAUUACCAUUUUAAGAAGAGUAUUAAAGAGACUUGCGUUAGUAUACAGCGCUCGAACGCUUUUGAGCAUCAAACCUUAGUGGACAAUAGCACAUGAGAAGUAACCGUUUUAAAAAACAUUUAAAAAGAAAUUAAAAAGAAGAAAAAGCAAUAAGCAGGGUUUUGGUGUUUAACUUUGGAUGUAUAAACUGUAAAAUUCAUGAUGUAUAUAAUGUAAACCAUACAGUGAGCAGAGAGAGAACCAUAAGAGGUUAUGUUUCAGAGUUGAUAUGCAAAUGUUCAUAUUUCAUCUGUUUUAUAUCAUGUGAAAUAAAUGUUGACAUUCUUAUGUGUUGUACAUAUAGAAA